GUUCCGGUAGAGGGCCGGGUUUGAGGUGAACGAUGACGGCGGCGGUGUUUUUCGGCUGUACUUUUAUCGCCUUUAGUCCCGCUGUGGCCUUGUUCUUACUCACCAUCGCCCGAGAUCCUCUGAAGGUUAUUUUCCUCAUCGCGGGAGCGUUUUUCUGGCUCGUGUCUUUGCUGCUGUCGUCGUUGGUGUGGUUCAUUGCUGUACAGAUCAGUAAUAAGGACAGCGGCUCGCAGCAGAAAGGCCUGCUCGUGUUCGGAGUUCUGCUGUCUGUCCUGCUGCAGGAGCUCUUUAGAUUUGCCUACUACAAACUCUUAAAGAAAGCGAAUGAAGGACUGCUGGCCAUCAGCCAAGAGGAAACGAUGCCCAUCUCAGUUCGCCAGCUGGCUUAUGUGUCUGGUCUGGGAUUCGGGUUGAUGAGCGGAGCGUUCUCGGUGGUGAACAUCCUGUCUGACGCUGUGGGUCCGGGUACUGUGGGUAUCCAUGGAGAUUCACAGCAUUACUUCAUUUCCUCAGCCUUUAUGACUCUCGCCAUCAUCCUGCUGCACAUGUUUUGGGGCAUCGUCUUCUUCGAGUCGUGUGAGCGUCGGAGGUGGUGGUCGCUUGCAGCCGUAGUGUGCAGCCACCUGUUCGUGUCGUGCUUGACGUUUGUGAACCCGAAGUACGAAGGCAGUCUGAUCCCCACCUACAUGCUCCUGUGCGUGAUGGCCGGCUGGGCGUUCUCCUGCGCUGGUGGUUCUCUGAGGAACCUCAGUCUUUGUCUCACCUGCAAGGACAAAGACUUCCUCUUGGUCAAUCACAGGCCCAGAUAACGGAUUGUGUGUGUGUGUGUGUGUGUGUGUGUGUGUGUGUGUGUGUAAAGACUCGAGCUCACUGAAUUCAUGGAUCUUCAAAUCCUAGACUCUUAGAUCCAUGCUGUGGGACGGAGAGGAGUUUCUUUUGUGUAUUUGGCACUUUCCUUUUCUGUCUCUGUACCUCAACUCUGUGUGAGAAUUGUAAAACAGCUUUUUACUUUGUUUAAAAAAACUUUACAGUGUUGGGUUUGUGGGCAUUGGGUCUGUUCUUUAUGUAUUUUAACAAAUCCAAGAUGUCCCCAGCCAGACUUGAUGAUAAACUGGUUCUGAAGACGUGUCUCCAUCAGCAAGUCACUGAUUGGCUAAUACAAAAAAACUACAGCAGCCUGGAGAGGACCUCAUGCUCAAUCAGUCUGCUGUUCCCAACAGUUUGAUUUAUUUUUUUGCUUGUUGAAGGAAACCGCAUUUUGGUCAAAAACAUUAAAAUUGUGUGCAAUAAUCCUUCCCCA